AUGGUUUCAAGGCCUGACUUUGACUGGAAGAAUGUUCCCUUCUUCCCAAUAAAGUUGACAUUACACGGAACAAGCGCAAGCUUUCACCCCGAAACAGGAGAAUGGCAAACUAUAGAAAUCCAAAGCAGCGAAGAUUCACCUGAACUAAAAAGGAUCCAAGAAGAUUUGAAUACUUUAAAAAUAAAAAGCGAUAUUGUGCUAGACAUGAUAACUGCAAGGGAGCUCGACUUAGGAGAAGCAAGCAAGUUAAAAUCUGAACUAGAAGAUUUAGUAUCAAAAGGAGAGGCUUAA